CAUGCAGGAGUGAAGAAUGGCACCGAAAGCGGCCAAGCGCAAGCAGGCCAGCAGCAAGGAAGCGCCCGUGGCCGCGCCAGCCGCGCCCGCGCCCGCCGGCGCCUUUGCCUACGAGCAUGAGAAGAAGGCCUCGUACGCAUCCUCCUUCCUCGAGGCAAACCGGGCCGCGUACCUCGCGCUGCCAACGUUCACGUCGCUCUACGACGGGUCGAUCCAGAGCCUGGCCAACCUCUUGACCAAGGCCGAGUGCCAAGACGCAAUCGCGUUCUCCAAGAAGCUCGGGUACGUCCGGGUGACGCAGGCGGCGAACAGCGAGUACGCCUUUCGGGACAACGACCGGCUCCUCUUCCAGUCGACGGACCUCGCGGGCCAGCUCUGGGCGCGGCUCGCGCCGCUGCUUGCCGACUCGUCCUUCGACAUGACCAACGCCGUCGGGUGCAACCCCGCGAUGCGCUUUUACCGGUACAAGCCGGGCCAAGCCUUCGGGUGCCACGUCGAUGAGAGCGUUCUCGACCCGGUCACGGGCUGGCGCAGCGAGUACACGCUGCUCAUCUACCUCAACGACCACAAGGACUCGGACUUGGUCGGCGGCCACACGCUUUUCUACACGAGCACGACGAGCCAGAAGUCGAAGAAGCGGAAGGGCAAAGCGAAGGACGAGGGCCCGACGCCCGUUCUUGACGUCGGUCCCGACACGGGCAAGGCGCUCCUGCACGGCCACGGCGAGCACUGCCUCGAGCACGAAGGCCAGCGCGUCGAGCGCGGUGAAAAGUACGUGCUCCGGACCGACAUCAUGUUCCAGCGGUCGUCAUAAGGCCCACGAGGAUGACGCCACGGCCUCCUCACCAAACGACGGCGUCGAAAUACAUUAGGUCAAGGAUAGUUUAUAGUAAUGCGAGUGGAACGAGUUGUCGGUUGGUCGGUCGAGGGUCGAGACCACCG